AUGCUUACUUGGUUAUUCCAGAAUUAUAUGAAGUUAAUUCAGGAGUUGACGCCAAAAUUAAACCAAACCCAACGUAGAUUAAUUGAAAGUACAUUAAACAACUUGGGAGUCAAGCAUAUAGACGAUCUAGUUGUAAUAGAACCAACAGAUCUUACUGAGGCAAUGACUGUAGUACAAGCUCGUAAAUUAUGCUUAGCAAUAAAGGCUCGGCAAGAACAGUUGAAAGGUUCUUCAAAUAGUGCAGAAAGUGGGGAAUCAUUGUUCAACUCUUUAUCAUCUCCGAUUGACACUUCUACUCCAGACAGCCCAAGUCCAAUACCACAGUCUUCACAGUCAUCACAGUCAUCAACAUCUUCUGAUUCCAUUAUUUUCUGUUCCCAGAAAACAACUUCUACAGCAGAUAAUCCAUGA